AUGACAAAGAGGCAAAAACGAGGAGGAAAGUCAGAGAGUUUCCACCUAUUGAUCCAGGUGGGAGUACAAAGGGACCGGUGGCAGAGGGGCGGGCUGAAUGAAGCCGUGGAGCCGUUGGGUCAGGCUGUCCCCUGCUCCUCUCUGGUGGCUGGGGUCUUAUACGGCUCCUUCUCGCUCAGGGACCUCUUUCCUAGGCCAUCGGCUCUGACAUCUGGAUGCUCCUGGACUGUGGAGAACCCUGACCCCACCAAGUACUCGCUCUAUUUCCGCUUCAAUCGCCAUGCCGGCGCGUGUUUAGCUUUUUCCCCGCUGGUGCUGCCCCUGGACCACUACCUCUCAAACCAGACCUGUGGCCCCCCAGACCAGCCCACCUUCCCCUCGGACCCUGAAGCCGUUGAGCUUUGCAUGGUCCCAGGACCCCACACCUUCCUGCAGUUCGAUAAGAACUAUGUGCAGUUGUGCCUGACCACUCAUCCCAACAAAGACGGCGACAACGGAGAUGGGACAUCCGAGGGCCAAGCCCCCUUGUCAGCAGAAACUCUGGACUUCCGGCUCGUAGAGGUUCUGCUCAUUAAUAAUGAGAAUUCGAGUCACUUUACGUGUGGAGUCCUGUGCCGAUGGUUUGAGGAGUGCUUGCACAUCAGCUCAGGCUGGGAAACCGAGAGCUGCAGUAUCACCCAGACGGGAUGCGUUUGUCCCAACACGGCCCCUCCGGUCUCCCUACUGCCCACUGCUCCACUCUUAUAUAACCACUCUUUAGACCCCAGCGCGAGUGUGUUGCAAUCCCCACCCGACGACUGUUGUGUCACACAGCUGCAUUCAAAGAAUGGCAUCGCUAUAGCACCCAGGGAUGUCCGGCAAGAACCUGAUGAUGAUGAGCAGAAGGUGAAGACACAAAGGCCGCGAUCAGCUGACCAGCCGGGUGUGUUUCAGGCCCAGACAGGUGACCCAGCUGCGGAGGAGUGGUCUCAGUGGAGCGUGUGUUCACUGACAUGUGGGCAGGGUUGGCAGGUUCGUUCUCGUUCAUGUGUAUCCUCUCCGUAUGGGACCCUCUGCAGCGGCCCGCUGAGGGAAACCCGACUCUGCAACAACACUGCCACCUGCCCAGGUGAGCCGCAGCAUCAAGCAGUGGAGGGGCAGUGGUUGGACUGGGCGGCCUGGUCUCAGUGCUCUGUUUCCUGCGACUCUGGAACUCAGCAGAGGCAGCGGCGUUGCAGUGUGUCGGUUCAUGGCUGGGCGGAGUGUAAGGGGCCGCAUGCUGAAACUCGUGAGUGCACCAACCCGUCUUGUGGGGGUGGAGGGAACUGGGGUGCUUGGAAUCACUGGAGCUUGUGCUCCAAGACCUGUGACUCGGGUUGGCAGCGGCGGUUCCGUAUGUGUGAAGGCACAGGAAUCCAGGGUUACCCUUGCGAUGGCUCUGGAGAGGAAGUACGCUCAUGUAAUGACAAGAAGUGCCCAGCACCUCAUGAAAUAUGUAAAGAUGAGUACCAAUUAACCAUGACGUGGAAGAGAGCCUCAGCUGGAGAGACGGUAUACAACAAGUGUCCAUCUAAUGCCACUGGAUCUGCUAGUCGUCGUUGUUUGCUGGACGCUAAUGGAGUUGCUUACUGGGGUCCUCCGAGCUUCGCCCGAUGUGUCUCACUCGAAUAUAGAUAUUUACAUUUAUCUUUGCGUGAACAUCUUGCGAAGGGUCAGAGGACCCUGGCAGGGGAGGGCAUGUCUCAGAUCGUGAGGAGUCUCCUGGAGUUAAUGUCCCGUAAGAAUUAUUAUAGCGGCGACCUCUUAUUCUCCGUGGAGAUUCUCCGAAAUGUGACGGACACCUUCAAACGAGCAACCUACAUCCCAGCUCCUGACGACGUGCAGAAAUUCUUCCAGAUUGUCAGCUUAAUGUUGGACAUUGAAAACCUUGAGAAGUGGGAAGACGCUCACCAGGUCUCUCCGGGUUCUAUGUUACUGAUGCGAGUUGUGGAAGACUUCAUUCAUCUAAUUGGAGAGGCUCAAAAGCCGUUCCAGAGCUUUCUGGUCGUCACCAACAACCUCAUAAUCACCAUCCAGCGAGAACCGGUUUCGGCUGUUUCCAGUGACAUCAAUUUCCCCAUGAAGGGGAGGAGAGGAAUGAAAGACUGGGCACGUUCUGCAGACGACAAACUCUUCAUCCCCAAAGAAGUCUUCACUCUGUCUUCUGAUGAAUCAGAUGAUACACCGUAUUUCGUCAUCGGAGCCAUCCUGUACCGCACCCUCGGCCUCAUAAUGCCCCCACCAAAAGGUGUGGGUAUCCAGGUCAUUGCUCCUCAGUGUGGUUGA